AUGUUAUUUCUCUCUCUCUCUCCCUCUCUCUCUGUCUCUCUCUCUUUCUCUGUCUCUCUCUCUCUUUUCCACCACUUCUUUUCGUUCAUUCUUUUUCUCUCUUUUUCUUUAAAUCUGUUUAGAUUUCAUGGCCUUUCUUUCUCUCUUUUUCAUUUCUCUUUUAACUGUUCUUUUAUCAUUUCUCUAUCUCUCUCAAACUGUGUUUCUCUUUCUCACUCUCUCUCUCUCUCUUUUAACUCUCUCUAUUUCGCUUUUCCUUUCUCUCUCUCUUCCAUUCUUUAUUUUCUCUCUCUCUUUCUGUCUCACUUCCUCGCUCACUCUCUCAUUUUCUCUCUCAUUCUCUCUCACUAUCUCUCUUUCUAUCUCUCACUCUUUUCUCUCUCAUUCUGUCUCAUUCACUCUUUCUUUCUCUCUCUCACUCUUUCUCAUUCUCACUACAAUUCUUUCUAUCUAUCUCUUUCUCUCUCACACUAUCUAUCUAUCUAUCUCUUUCUCUCUCACACUAUCUAUCUAUCUAUUUCUAUCUCUCACUUUCUCUAUCACUCUCUCUAUUUCUCACUCCCUUCUCUUUCUCACUCUCUUUCUCUUUCUCUCCUUUUUCAGCGCUAA